AUGCAGCUUUUCCUUUUCCCACUCCUUUUCUUGCAGGUCAUCCCGGACUGGAAGGAGCAAGAGUGGUCUGCGGAGAAGCCGGAAAACUAUGUGGGCAUUUUCCAUUUCCAGUUCUGGCGAUUUGGGGAGUGGGUGGACGUGGUGAUUGACGACCGCCUGCCCACCCUCCACAACCAGCUCAUCUACUGCCACUCAAAUUCCAAGAACGAGUUAUGGUGCGCCCUGGUAGAGAAAGCCUAUGCCAAACUCUCAGGAUGCUACGAAGCCUUAGACGGAGGCAACACGGGCGAUGCCUUGGUGGAUUUCACCGGCGGUGUCUCGGAACCCAUCGAUCUGGUCGAGGGCGGCUACGCCGAGGACGAAGCCAAACGGAACCUCCUCUUUGAGCGGGUUCUCAAAGUCCAUAAUCGGGGGGGCCUCAUCAGCUGCUCCAUCAAAGCCACCUCCGCGGCCGACAUGGAAGCCCGCCUGGAUUGCGGUCUCGUCAAAGGACACGCCUACGCGGUCACCGACGUGAGGAAAGUUCGCCUCGGCCACGGCCUGCUCUCCUUUUUCAAAUCGGAAAAGCUCGACAUGAUCCGGCUGAGGAACCCCUGGGGGGAGAGAGAAUGGAAUGGCCCAUGGAGCGACACCUCUGAAGAGUGGCAGAAGGUCAGCAACAGCGAGAGAGAAAAACUGGGAAUGACUGUGCAGGAUGAUGGGGAAUUCUGGGGCUGUGGUAGCUGUGGAAAGGUGGAGCUGAAUCGGGCGUACCGAAUGCACAGCCUGCAGACCAAAGUAGCCGCCUCCAUCUACAUCAAUUCCCGCAGCGUCUUCCUGAGGACGGACCUGAAAGAAGGCCGCUAUGUCAUCAUCCCAACCACCUUUGAGCCAGGCCAUGUGGCAGAGUUCUUGCUCAGACAGUUCGCGGAUGUGCCUUCCGACUGCCAAGAGCUGGCCUUAGAUGAACCGGCCCACACCUGCUGGAGUGGGAUGUGCGGCUAUCCGCAGCUGGUGUCGCAGGUCCACGUCAUCUCGGCUGCAGGACUGAAGAACUCCGAAGAAGGUAAGUGGCCUUUGCUUAGGCGUCUUUCUCACCCAGCGCAGCCAAAAGG